CAAGUCGAACACAGUUUUGUGUAAAACAUAAAUAAACAAUUUGUGCGCGUGUCUAAAUAUAAUUAUAAAUAUAAAUCCAUAAACUUUACUUGAGUUCAUAUAAAACAUUCACGAAAAUGACGACAGCCAUAAAAGAGCACACAAUGCUGCUAACUAUUGCAUUAUUCAGUGUCUGUGCGACCGGAGCACAUGGUCAGUCCUAUCUGUUAACCUUGGAGAACGUUCUUACACGACAGCUGCCAUAUAAUCUAACGACUGUGAAUGGUACAACCGAGACGGAUCUGUUUGCCGAGCAAGUGGAUAAUAAUACAAGAAUAUUUGUCUAUAAAAAUACAGUUGUUGAGCCCAACAACGAACUAUCUCAGACGGCAAUGGAUGUGAUUACCAUUGUGUGGUAUGUGGCCACGUUUCUGGCACUGGCCGCCUUCUUUAUGCUGAUGGCCUGCUCGGACAGACGUUGUCGCGAUAUGCGUAGUCGCCAAGCGAAUGCCACGCCCAGUGAGACACAACGUGCACCGCCCACGCCUUCGCCAUCGUACAGUGAAUUCGCGCCACCGAGCUAUGAUACAGUUAUCAAAAUGCAACAUGCGGCCAAGACGAGCAUCUUUGUGAUACCCUUUAACAGCGAGAAUAAGGGCAAUGAUGAGUCGAAUGCGUCGCCCGUAUCCCCCGUACCCGCCAGUAUCUACACAAUUGAUGAGCGGCCGAAGCCGCAGAAAUGAUAAGGCUUAAGCUUUUAUCCGUAUGCGGGCUGUAUAAUUAACGUCUCUGUGAUAUUUACUGUGCAUGCAGCUGGUGCCACAUGCGAAAUGCCCUCGUUUUGUCCAA